AUGGCUGGUCUUUCAGCAUUUUACGGACUCGCUCCCAGAACCAAGAAUUUGGUUGUUGCUGGCGGCUUGACAGCAUUUGUGUUUGGUGUGUAUUUCUACACGAUGAGAGCUGUUGGAGGUACAGAUGAAUUGCAAGUAGCCAUCGAUAAAUUUGAGGCAGAGAAACGCAAGACUGAGACUUGA